CAGAACUACACUGUAUUGGAAUAAAGGCAUUAUCUGCUUUAAUAUUAUCUACUCUUAACUUGGUUUGUUUGACCACUGAGACUGUUGUAGCGAACCAGACAGGGCCUUAAUGUUCAUUAGGUCGUCCUCCUGUGCACACAGCAGACUGAGGUUGACAGGUUUGUUGUCACAGAUCAAAAAAAGCUUUGGGGAAAUCCCUCUCUUAACAACAUCGUCGUAACAACAUCGUUCGAAAGAAAGCACAUGUUGCGCCAGGAAUCUACGCCUGAAAUUUAAAAAAAACACACGCACAACAAAAACAGCACAAAAAAGGAACCAGCCACAAUGCAGCACACAUCAAAGCGACCCGUGAAUGACGCAGUUCUCUUAACCUGCGGGGUGAUGUAAUGCCUGGCGCUGUUUGCUUCCCUGCAAUGGGUUAUGAAGAACAAUGUCAUUGUGUAGGAGCAUUCAUUUUCACUGUGAUGACAAAUAAUUUCAGAUUACAGUUACAGUUACAACUUUGUGGUUAAGUGAAACCAGCGGAUUAUCUGUGACAGAUGAGUUGUAACGUUUUACUUUUACAGCACUAUUUAACUGCAUUAUUGUCCUGAGGAUGUGUAAAGUCUUUUAAGUGUUUUAAGGAUUUUUUACUCUUAUUAACUCCAAGCAUUGAUAAUUAAAUCCUGGUAUUUAGGCAUUGGAAGUAUGAUAUUCCCAAGGAUUGUUGUUCCUAGUUAGGAUUAGAUUUUUUUAAGUAGUUCUGGAGACGGACCUUGCAUAGAGAACAUGCCUUCACUCUUCUCUCACUUGAUUUUAUGCAAAUGCCCAGUGUUAACAUAACGAAUGCUGUAAAUACAAAACAAUAAGUUUUAAUGUGAGUUACAGUACAAAUGUCUAAAUAUCCUUAGAUGUUCUUACAUCUACAUGUUAUUGUGCUCUAGAGAAUCUGUUUUUCUGCAACAAAUAUAAUGUGUAACAUUUAUUUAUCAUAUUCAAUCAUAUUUUUUAAGCUACUCAUAUGAGUUUCAUGUUUGACUUCAACAGAAAUAUAAAAUCAAAAUAAUAUAGCCACAUUAUUGUCCUCCAUGGCACCUCGUCUGUGCCAAACGAAAUGAUAAGAAACCACAGGCUUUGACUCCCUUAAAAUGUGAAACUCUGACAAUCUACAAAAACAGGACAAACUUUAUUGCUGUCAUUUAAACGUCUGCACAUCUGAAACCAAUCAUAAACACAGUGACUGUACAGUAGCACUUCUUUGGAUAAUACUAACGUAAAAAUUACAUUGUAUGAAGAGACAAUAGAUAGGCAAAAUAAACCACUCCCCCCAGUUUGACAGCCCUCACUGGCCAAUGAGAGGGGGAAGGAGGGCAUGUGUGGAGUAUAAGAGAGGUGACAUCCAGGUGGGACAUCACACAGGUGAGCAUUCACGUUCUGACAUCUCCGCCUUUUAAUGCCUGAGGAUAUUACUUUACUGCACCACACGCAGGAGUGCGCCUUCGAUAGGUACGUCGAUCUUUGCUGUUAUUCACUCGAGUCAGCUGUUUUUGUCUUUUCUUUUCAUGUGAUGGUGUCUGAUAAGUUAGAGAAGUGGUGUUGAGUUUAUGUGUGACAGCUUCUUUCACUUCUCAGUUCAUGUUUUGACCAUUGGUUCAACUGAUGAGGUCGUCUUCUCUUUCCAGAUCAUCCUUUUAGUAUGCUGACAGAGAUGGAGACGAUGGCUUAUGCAACUGAGAUCAAGCUAAGUGGAGGCAGAGGAGCCUGGAGUGGAGUGGCUCCUUCGUCCUGCCCUGAGGUUGACCUGGAGGUCAUCGAGGAGUACCUGCAGGAGCACUCGCUGGAGGUCCAGCCUGCACACAUGCCUGCAUCACCUCUGACCUCAAUGGGGCAACACAUACACUCGCACCAAGGCAGCAGAAUUAUAGAGAAUAGUUGGUCAGGUCAGCAUGCUUAUGAGUGGCACUGUGGCUCUCACAGUGAGGAAUACAGACAGCAGCCCGAAGCCUGGACUAGUCCCCAUGACAACCAGUGGGGACACAUAGCAUAUUCCGAUGAGGCAUCUGGAUACAUUGACUCAGAUUCCCAGUCUAGUAGCUCCCAGUACCAGGAUUCACCGUCACCAUCCUCUGACACAGGGAGCAGGAAGGACAGAGAUCCCCUGCCUCUUGCACCACUGUCAGGAAAGAGGAAGGAGCGGCUGUUCCAGUUCCUGUUUGAGAUGCUUCAGACGCCAUCGAUGCGUAGCUGCAUCUGGUGGGUCCAGUCCUCCUCUGGCACAUUUCAGUUCUCUUCCCAAAACAAGGAGAGCCUGGCCCAGCUGUGGGGUCGGCGAAAGGGGAACCGCAAGCCCAUGACGUACCAGAAGAUGGCACGGGCUCUAAGGAACUACUCUCGCACAGGCGAGAUUCACAAAGUUAAACGGAAGCUCACUUACCGCUUUGAUGAGAAGACGCUAAAAUGUCUACAGGGAGACUCAAAUACAACGUAGAAACAAUGGAUCUAUAUUAGCAUAGAAAUAGAUUAAGGACAAAGGGUGUGAAGGGAAAUCACUUUGGGUGUCCCAUGAAUCUCGUGUCUGCUUAUUAUAGUUCUGUGUUUGAAUAACAAAUGAAUACUGAGUAUUUGAAAGCCUGAAGCGGACGCACCGCAGCUCAGAGUCGGUUAUGCAUACAGACCCACAUUGUAUUCAGUGUGAGGGGAUGAACUGUAAAUGCAAACUUCAGGUACAGGCGAGGUGGGAGAGGUGAUCUGGCUUUUAUCAUGUAAAUCGAAAAGGUUAUUGUAGAACAUCUACUUUAUAAGUAGAACUUAAAUCCUUCAAAAUAAAAGUAGCAUAUUUCUCUUCUUUGUGUGUGAUUCUGUAUCGCAGAUAUUUAGCAGAUGCAGUUUACAAUCAUCUUCUUCAUUGGUUAAGAAAACAUCUGUUUGUGUCAAAAAUGUCUUUUUUAUGAUAAAAUAAAUCUACACAUAUUUUCCUCUGA